CGCGGUAGGUUAAAGGUUACAAACAAAAUGGCUGAUUACAAGGCUGGCGGGAUCAUUCUGUUGUGAGAGGUCUAGGUAGACGGAUAGGAGCAAAACUUUACUAGCUAGUAUUGUGUAAAUAAUUUACGUUGUAUUUCAUUAAAAAAAAUACUUCGAUAAACGGGUUGUUCUGGUGCCGCGCAAAAAUAAAAAGUGUAAUUAAGACGCAUUGUUAGAAAUGUCGGAACACGGAACCGACGAGCUGCAAUAGCCUACCUAAAAACAAGUACAGUAUAUUAUUAACGGAGAUAUAGUAUGUUCAUUUUAACAAUUCCAUCGUGUCUUUUGUAAUAAAAACAAUGAAUAAACGUUUAUAUCGCAAUGCGAAGGAGAUCAGGAGUAGUUCAAAACAUUUAAAGACUGAAUUGCGAAGGUAAUCGUGCAUUCACUGACAUCCCCAAGUCAAGUCUACUAUAGUAGUACACUCCAAAACAUCACUGAGACACUGAGCACAAUGAACAGGAAGAAAGGAGACAAGGGGUUUGAAAGCCCGCGACCAUACAAAUUAACCCACCAGGUGGUCUGCAUCAACAACAUAAACUUUCAACGAAAGUCUGUUAUUGGACAUGUGGAAUUGACGAUAUUCCCAACUGUAACCAACUUAAACAGAAUCAAACUCAACAGCAAGCAAUGCAGAAUUUACAGGGUCCGAGUUAAUGACCUUGAAGCACCUUUCAUUUAUAAUGACCCAACCUUAGAGGUCUGUCACCAUGAAUCAAAGCAGAGAAAUUUGAAUUACUUUUCUAAUGCUUAUGCGGCUGCAGUCAGCGCUGUGGACCCAGACAGUGGGAAUGGAGAGCUUUGCAUCAAGGUGCCGUCCGAACUGUGGAAGCAAGGAGAUGAAUUGAAGGUGCUGAAGGUAUACAUUGAGUUUUCCCUGGACCAGCCAAAAGGAGGACUUCACUUUGUUGUACCUGAUGUGGAAGGCAGCAUGGCAGAGAGAGGAGCCCACGUCUUCUCAUGUGGAUACCAAAAUGCAACAAGAUUCUGGUUUCCCUGUGUGGACUCUUACUCAGAGCUUUGUACAUGGAAGCUGGAAUUCACAGUUGAUGCAGCAAUGGUAGCAGUUUCCUGUGGAGAUCUGGUUGAGACAGUCUACACCCAUGACAUGAGGAAGAAAACUUACCACUACAUGCUGCCUAUUCCAACUGCAGCUCCCAACAUAUCGCUUGCUGUUGGGCCGUUUGAGAUUCUUGUGGAUCCAUACAUGCAUGAGGUCACACACUUCUGUUUGCCGCAGCUCCUUCCAUUACUCAAACACUCAAUGUCCUACCUUCAUGAGAUCUUUGAAUUCUUUGAGGAGAUCCUUACCUGUCGAUACCCAUAUUCCUGCUUUAAGACGGUGUUCGUGGAUGAAACCUAUGUGCAAGUAUCAUCUUAUGCAUCCAUGAGUAUUUUCAGUACAAAUCUUCUGCACAGUGCCAUGAUUAUAGAUCAGACCCCCCUGACCAGACGGUGUUUAGCUCAAGCCCUGGCACAGCAGUUCUUUGGCUGCUUUAUAUCCCGAAUGUCCUGGGCUGAUGAAUGGGUUCUGAAAGGGAUAUCUGGAUACAUUUAUGGACUGUAUUUGAAAAAGACAUUUGGAGUAAAUGAGUACAGACACUGGAUCAAAGAGGAAUUGGACAAAAUAGUGGACUAUGAGUUGAAGACGGGAGGGGUUUUACUGCACCCAAUAUUUGCUGGAGGCAAGGAAAAGGACAAUCCCAUGCCAAACCUACAUUUUUCAAUAAGACACCCGCACACACUGUGCUGGGAAUACUACAAGAUGUUCCAGUGUAAAGCCCACCUUGUGAUGAGACUGAUAGAAAACAGAAUCAGCAUGGAGUUCAUGCUACAGGUGUUUAACAAACUUUUGAGUCUGGCUAGCACAGCAUCGUCUCAGAAGUACCAGUCUCACAUGUGGAGUCAGAUGCUUGUGUCAACAUCUGGCUUCCUGAAAUCGAUCUCCAAUGUCUCUGGGAAGGACAUCGGCCCCUUAAUUAAACAAUGGGUAGACCAGAACUCAGUGGUAAAGUUCUUUGGCAGUUUUGCCUUCAACAGGAAAAGGAACGUCCUGGAAUUAGAAAUAAAACAGGAUUACACCUCACCAGGCACCCAAAAAUAUGUGGGUCCCAUCAAAGUGACAGUGCAGGAGUUGGACGGAUCAUUCAACCAUACUUUACAGAUUGAAGAAAACAGCCUCAAACAUGAUAUCCCAUGCCACUCAAAGAGCAGACGAAAUAAGAAAAAGAAAAUCCCACUGAUGAAUGGAGAAGAAGUGGACAUGGAUCUGUCUGCAAUGGAAACAAAUUGCAGCACAGGCAAGUACAGGGUCAGACCUUCUGUCUCAGUAUUUUGCCUCAACUCUGACCUAGAGGGAGCAGCUUUCUUAUGUGCUGAUUCCCCUUUGUUGUGGAUAAGGAUUGACCCAGACAUGUCAAUAUUAAGGAAAGUAGAGUUUGAACAGGCAGACUUCAUGUGGCAGUACCAGUUACGCUACGAGAGAGAUGUAGUGGCACAGGAAGAAUCCAUAACUGCUCUGGAGAAGUUCCCCACACCAGCAUCUCGUUUGGCACUCACAGACAUUCUUGAACAAGAGCAGUGCUUCUACAAGGUCAGAAUGGAGGCAUGCUUCUGCCUUGCCAAGAUUGCAAACUCAAUGGUGAGCACUUGGACUGGCCCCCCAGCUAUGAAGUCACUCUUCACUCGGAUGUUUUGCUGCAAGAGUUGCCCAAACAUUGUUAAGACCAACAACUUUAUGACCUUUCAAAGCUACUUUCUGCAAAAGACUAUGCCAGUGGCUAUGGCCUUGCUUAGAGAUGUGCACAACCUCUGCCCAAAGGAUGUGUUGAACUUUAUUUUAGAUCUAAUCAAGUACAAUGACAACAGGAAGAACAAGUUUUCAGAUAAUUACUAUCGUGCUGAACUGAUUGAUGCCCUUGCCAAUUCCGUGACACCUGCCGUCAGUAUAAACAACGAAGUGCGCACUGUGGACAAUUUAAAUGCUGACGUCCGGCUUAUUCUAGAGGAGAUUACCAGGUUUUUAAACAUGGAGAAGCUGCUGCCAAGCUACAGGAACACCAUCACUGUUAGUUGCCUGAGAGCUAUCCGAAUCUUGCAGAAGAAUGGCCACAUUCCCAGUGAUCCAUCUCUUUUUAAAUCCUAUGCUGAAUAUGGCCACUUUGUGGAUGUUCGUCUUGCUGCCUUGGAAGCAGUUGUUGAUUACACACAAGUUGACAGGAGUUCUGAGGAACUUCAGUGGUUGCUUAAUAUGGUGCAGAAUGAUCCUGUACAUUACAUCAGACAUAAGAUCUUGAGUAUGUUGGCAAAAAAUCCACCAUUUACGAAGAUGUCUGAGUCUUCUCUUUGCAACGAGGCCCUUGUUGACCAGCUAUGGAAACUGAUGAAUUCAGGCACCUCCCAUGAUUGGAAACUUCGCUGCGAUGCUGUCAAUCUGUAUUACACUCUAUUUGGCCUCAGUAGACCAUCAUGCCUGCCUUUACCUGAGCUUGGGCUAGUCCUCAAUCUUAAGGAAAAGAAAGCAGUGCUUAACCCUACCAUCAAAACUGAACCAGGAGCCAGCAAUGGAGAGUUGACAAACAAUCCAAACACACAUGGACAUAUGAUAUGCUUUCCUAACAGUGAAGAUGAGCACCUUGCCAGUGAUUUGCCAUGCAGUGUGCCAGUCCCACAACAGGGAAUGAAGAGAAAAGCAGAGACCCCACUAGGAUCCCCACUGGAACCUGGUCAGAUACUGGAGAAGGAAGAGGACAGCAGUAAAGUCAAAUUAAAAAUCAGAUUCUCAAAUUCUCAAGAGGAGGAAGAUAUUGAUAUGGACACAGUUCAUGACAGUCAAGCUUUUAUAUAUCAUCAUCUAAACAUGCUUGAAAGGCCAUCAACGCCAGGAAAAGAACCCCCAUCCACGGAGCCCACUAUACUGUCCAUGCCAGCAACUCCACUCUCUGCAUUCAGUAAAGAAACAAACUCGUCCUCCAAACACAGCGAUCACCACCACCACCACCAUCACCACCAUGAGCACAAGAAGAAGAAGAAGAAGCACAAACACAAGCACAAGCACAAACACAAGCACGAGAGCAAGGAUAAGGAGAAAGACAAAGAAAAGGAAAAGGACAGAGACAUCCUGACUUUUACCAACAGCCCGGCCAGUGGACGUUCAAUUCAUUCACCCUCGCUUUCAGAUUGAAGAGAGCCCCCACUAUGAAACGGAAAGGCUGCACAGCAUGCUAGACAGUCAGCAAAACUUCCUAACUUUACUCUGGCAGAAGGUAUGGUUAACCAAGAGCUUAUCCACAGAGAAUGGUAAAAGUACAGAAGUGGCUCCUAAAGCAUGUCACUCCUUCCAGAUGUUCUGACCACAAUCUGUUUUGCAGAUGGAUCUGCUCUCCUUGGUGCAAUAAAAAACACUGCUGUGUUUCCUUCUGCUUUUGUUUUAUUUAUUUUAUCACAUAAGCUGGUCUCCUGUAACAGAUCCACAAGGUUACUGGCACCCUGCUGCGCAUCAUGUUCCCCACGUGGCCUGGCAGGCUCAAUUAAGUUUUAUUGCAGUUGAUAAAUGGUAAUGUUUGGCAAGCCAUUUUAUAAGGAAGCUUUUGCCAUAGAUAGAUAAAAUCUAGCCAUUUUUCAAAGUUUUCAAAGUCAACAGAAGUGUUAAUCUCCUUCAUAUAGGGAUCUAUGUAACCACCAAUAAAUUACAGUACCAUUCAAAUAUAAAAGUAUUUUAUUUAAUUUUUUACUGAUGGUCUUAUUGCAUUGUUUUUAGCAAUAAUUAUUAUUUUUUAUUUUUUUUAAACUGUAAAUCAAACAUUGUGCUGAAGAGCAGGCCAAGCAUACGGUUGGUUUAUAUUUACUAUCUUGUUCAUUUGGGAAAUGUAUUAAUGGACCUGCAUUUAACUGGAAAACAUGAAUCAGAUAACAUUAACUGUAACUGUACAACAUACUGUUACCGGUAAUAUUUGUGUACCGUAAAUUCUUUGCUUUAGACCGUACAAUUACCAGUUAAAAACAAAAACAACUUUAUAAUAGUACCUGCAUGUUUUCAUUUUCUUUCUUCUCUUGUUUAAUAUCAGAUAUCAAAAAAUGCUAGAAUCUCAACAUAGCAUUGAUUGUAUAGCCAUAUUCAUUUUUUAUACAUUUUUGUACUAUUUUGUAGAUCUCAAGUGUAUUACAGUUUAAUGCCAACAUACACUUAGUUGUUUUGUUUUGAUUCAAAUAUUUUUUUCUAUAUCUAACUUUUCAGUAGGAUGCAAUGUUUUAAUUAUUGCCUUGUACUUUUAGUCUGUUCAUAGAUUUGUGGCUAUUGUGUUUUGUAUAUCCAUUUUUGUUUUUAACACAAUGCAUUAUUAUUAUUCAUUCCACAUUCUAAACGCAUCUAAACUGUUUGAAAGAAACCUGUCAAGAUAAUAAAAGACAAACUGUUUAA